CGAAGCACAUAAAUAAGAAGAGAAAUGGAGGCUUCUGAGGUGAUUCCAAUGGAGACCAUUCAACCUGAAUCUCAACCCCAAACAGUACUCCACACAAGGUCUCGUAUCAACAAGUAUGCACUUACCUGUGCUGUCUUGGCUUCCACCAACUCUAUUCUCUUGGGUUAUGAUAUUGGGGUGAUGAGUGGAGCUGUACUAUACAUCAGGGACAACCUUAAGAUCACAUCCACACAAGUAGAGAUCUUGGUGGGUUCUUUGAAUGUAUGUUCUUUGAUAGGAUCAUUCGUCUCCGGCAAGACCUCUGAUUUGAUCGGCCGGCGAUACACCAUUGUUCUGGCAGCAGCCACAUUUUUUUUAGGUGCACUCUUAAUGGGGUUUGCACCAUCAUUCGCAUUCCUCAUGGCCGGAAGGGUCAUUGCCGGCAUUGGAGUCGGCUACUCCCUCAUGAUAGCUCCGGUCUACACGGCCGAGGUAUCGCCGGCCAUGUCACGAGGCUUCCUCACCUCUCUCCCUGAAGUAUUCAUCAAUGUAGGUAUUCUACUAGGUUAUAUAUUCAACUUUGCGCUAUCAGGUCUACCACCGCAUAUAAAUUGGAGAUUAAUGCUUGGUCUCGCGGGGGUUCCAGCAAUUGGAAUCGCCGCUGGUGUCAUGGUCAUGCCGGAGUCUCCCCGGUGGCUAGUCAUGAAAGGCCGGCUAGAUGAAGCGAAGAUGGUUUUGAGAAAAACUUCUGAAAAUGAAGAAGAAGCUCAGAUAAGAUUUGAGGAGAUAACCAAAGCAGCUUCGUUUGUGGUCACAAGUACGGCGGCUGGUAGCCCGGGGUCGAGCCAAUCACCUGUGACUUCAACCUCAAGUAAUUGGCAUGGGCAAGGGGUUUGGAAGGAACUGUUAAGACCCUCUCGGCCGCUUCGCCGGAUUCUGAUCGCUGCCAUCGGAAUCAACUUCUUCAUGCAAGCUUCCGGCAAUGACGCCGUCAUUUACUACACGCCGGAAGUGUUCAAGGCUGCCGGAAUUCACAAAAGGAAAGUGCUUGUUGGGGUUACAAUUAUCAUGGGGAUAGCCAAGACUUCUUUUGUUUUGGUAUCAGCUCUUUUUUUGGAUAAUUUCGGAAGGAGGCCUCUCUUGUUGUUGAGCUCAACAGGGGUGGCAAUUUCUUUAGCUGGGCUGGGCCUAGGCUCGAAGUUCCUGGAGCAUUCGGAUCCUAAGCCCGUGUGGGCCAUUGCAUUGUGUGUAGUGGCUGUCUGUGCUGACGUUUCCUUCUUUUCAAUCGGGCUUGGGCCCAUCACAUGGGUAUACUCAUCGGAGAUAUUUCCGAUGAGGUUACGGGCCCAAGGUUCGAGCCUGGCGGUGUCAGUGAACCGGUUGGUCAGUGGGAUUGUGGCAAUGACAUUUCUUACCAUCUCAAGGAAGAUAAGUUUUGGAGGAAUGUUUUUUGUGCUUUCAGGAAUCAUGGUGUUAGCUACUAUUUUCUUUUACUUCUUCUUGCCAGAAACUAAAGGCAAAAGCUUGGAAGAUAUUGGGGCAAUCUUUGAGGAUAAAGAUAAAAGCAAAGACAGGACAAGGGAAAUAUGUGAAAGAUAGUGUAGUUAUGCAUUUGAUGGGAUAUUAGGAUAAUGUUUUUCAAUACAUUUUGUUAU